UAUUUUAGAGCUAAUGGAGUACGAAGACCUCGUUUAAUAAUAUACGGUUAUACAAUAUUGGGCCGUGGAUUACCAAUUUUUAAUAAUCCAACCGAGCAUUCUGGUGAUCCAAACGAUUACAAGGGCUUUAAUCCAAAUAGAUUGCAAAGUGUUACAGCGGAUGAUGAUAUCUCGCAUUAUUCAAGUGUUUUUUACCAAAUAUUCUUAUAUGCGUAUUUCUUCAUCAGAAGCAUGGUUGUUCUAAGCCACUUUCCUAGUAUAGAAGUGAAGUACCAUAAUGAUCAUUGGAAUUAUGUAUAUAUAUAUAUAUUUCUUCAUUUUUUUAUUUUUAGAUGGCGUAUUUGUGGUGUCGUAAGUGUAAAAGAAGAUUUAAGAGAGUUAAAAACAGCUCGUGGCGAUAUGAGAGUAUUCAAUUUUGAAAUAACUGAUAAGGACGGAGGUUGUAUACGUGUUGCAGCCUUUAAUGAAAUUGCUGAUAAAUAUUAUUCAAUCAUUCAGAAAGGAGUGAUGUAUUAUGUAGUUGGCGGUACAAUAAAGCAAGCGAAUAAGCGCUUCAAUACAACGGGACAUGAUUAUGAAAUUUCUUUGCGAUCUGAUUCGGAGCAAAAAAUCGUGCAACCAAAACUUGUAUUAAAUGGAGUUUCGCUUGCAAAAAUUGCUUCAUUUGUUAAUGAAUGUGUAGAUGUUAUUGGUAUAAUAGAAAGUGUUGCUGAUAUUCAACAAGUCACUUCUCGAAGUACUGGUCAGAUCUUAGAAAAAAGAGAUUUGAUGUUAAUUGACCAGUCAGGGACCACUGUAGCACUGACAUUUUGGGGUGAGCAAGCUCGAAAAUAUGAUAAACAUUUUGAGCACCAAACAGUUGGAAUCAAAGGCGCUUUGGUUCGAGAAUAUAAUGGUCAGUUUUUUAUUUCUUUAUCAACUCUAAGUUCAAGUCGGAUUGAAUUCAAUCCUGAUUGUCGAGAAACAUCUAUGUUAUACAGUUGGUACAAAAAUAUGAGGCCAUCGAUCAAAACUAAUACAAUUGAAUUGGGUAAAAAUGAUGAGAAAGGAGCUUAUUUUAAUGUCACCGCAAUUAUUUCUACUGUGAAAGCAGAUGGUGCCUUAUAUAAGAGCUGUGGAAAUGGAGGUUGUAAAAAAAAGGUUAUCGCAAUGGAAAACCAGUAUCGAUGUGAAAAAUGUAACAUAUUGUUGGACACAUAUAAAUAUAUGGAGAUAUCUGACUUUUCUGGCACCCAUUAUGUAACGGUGUUCGAGGAUAAAGCAGCAAAGUUAUUAAAAAUUAGCGCUGAAGAACUCGGUGUUUUGUUGGAUAACGAUCAAGAAUAUAAUAAAAUAUUCAAUGCGAUAUUAUUUCGCCAGUAUAAUUUUCGAAUACGUGCAAAGAGUGAAUUUUAUAAUGUAAGUUUGGAGCAAAUUAGUUGA